GUGAUUUGGCAUUUUCAGUAUUGUGAUGGUAGCUUUGCCUGUGAGUAAUUAGUUAAUGAAGAGAUGAAAAAGUUCUCCAGAAGAAGAAUUUGAAAUGGCAGCAGUGUGUUCCUGAACAAGAAAAAACUUUCAUUGAAAUAGUUUGUAUCUCUUCAGCCACCACCAAGUGUGUACAUUUUACCAAGGCUAAGAGAGGAAGACGGUGCUUCUAGCUCCUGGGGCUGAUACCAGCAGCGGAGGCAGUCUCUCACAACUAUUCAAAGGAAGGAGAAGGCAGGAGGGGAGAGAGGGAGGGUAGGAAAUGAAGGAAGAAAUAAAAGGAAAACAGAGACUGAGAGAAAAGAAGGAAGGAAGGAAGGAAAGAAAUUCCAUGAGUCUCUGUGGGCCAGAGGAGUUGUGUCCUCUCCCAAGCUGGCAAGAGGUCAUCUGUGAUCAUCUUGAAUCCGCUGCAAGGUGUUUUGAACCCCUAGCUAGCAGCCCUUCCUUGUCAAAUAGUCUGCGUCCUUGUCAAAUCCAGUGUGUGGAUCUGUGGCCUUUUGUCAACCAGUGUUCCGUAAGAUGAUACAAAAACUGCACCUCCCUUUUUGGUGGAGCUUUCCUUGCUUUGUAUUUUUUCCUUCAUCUUUUUCCGUCUCCCCAAUCUUUCUCCCAGAACUCACAGAAGUAUUUUCUUUCCUGUGGCCCCUCUCAUUUUAGCAUCCAUCUCCACCUCCCUGUGUUUGCACUCCCUGUGGUCCUCUUUCAUUCCCUGGCCUCACACCUCCUUGGUUUCAGGUCUUUGAUCUGUGCUUUCCUCUUGCCCAGACAGCAGGCAUUGCCCCUGUCCAUGUUCAAGGCAGGGCAGAUGGAAGGGAGGGAUUAGGAGCCUGCUCAUUCUCAGGUCACUCUCCCCUCAUUCCCUCGCUGAGUUUCUUUUCGUGUCUCGACACCUUGAAAUCUUCCCCCUCCUUCCUGUUGUGAUCUCAGCCUUUUCCUUCCUGCCUCCUCUGACAAUUACGCAUGUGAUGUGGUAAUAAAAAAUGUCACAUUCCUCCUUCAGCGUGUGUAGAUAGAUUUAAGAAAAAUCUGAGGCUUAGUUACUUCUAGCAAUGACCAAAUAAUAAUAAUAAUAAAAAAAAAGGCAAUGGAGCUUUUGUGGCAGGGUCAGCAGAGGAGCUUUGGCAGAAGGCAGUGCUACACCAGAGGAGAAUUCCUGUGGGGACUGGUGCAUCCGGAGCGAUGCGUGACCGCUGGGCUCUGGGGGAGAAGGCAGGGUGCUGGGGCACUGCAGGAGCAUUCGGGUGCCAGAGGUUCGGGAUGGUGCUGACAAAACUGGUGUGCACUGGGGCGCUGAGGCUAUGCUGGCAUGUGCUUGGGAGAGGGCUGGCAUGGCCCUGGCUCCCAGGGAGAAGGAAGGCCAUGGUGGCCUUUGCUGCUCAGCGCCGCGUCCUCCUUGCUGCAGCUGAGGAGGUGGCCUUCCCCCUUGGUUUCAGGCUGCUGCCUUGGGAAUUUGCUUCAGCUAUUUCCUGGAAUAUGAAUUUGUUUAUUUUCAAAGGAGAACAAACAUAAAACUCAUACAGAAGCCUUGGGUAGGGCGUUCUUUGCGAAGCAGUGAUUCGGAUCAAGACAUUGUUGCCUCUUUAGGAACUCAGAUGCGUCUGAAGGCUGCGUGGAGGGAGCACUACAGCAGCUGGUAACACGUGAAAAGUAAAACUGCAAAACCUGAGGCCCUGAUACUGGGCUUCAAUAGCCACCAGUGUUCCGCAGUGUCCGGGGAGCGUGUGGUACUCCGGCUCUGACUGGGUUUUUCCUCAUGUACUCUCCCUUCACUGCGGGCUGAUAACACCGAUGACUCCAAGUGAGGAAUUUGAUGAGGGAGAGCAGCGAGCAGUGGGGCUGGGGCUGGAGGCAGGAGCCCCCUUUCCGCUUGGGUUUUGCAGCACACCGGCAGGGGCUGGAGGCAGCAGGGCACGCUUGCCAUGCCUCUCUCCUUCGUUUGCUUGUUUUGUGAAAGACACCGAAGCCCUGCGUGCCGUGCCGCGGUUCAAACCGCCUCCCGCUCCCGGGGGCGGCGGGCCUGGGGCCUGCUCCGGCUCCUGCUCCGCCUCCGCCGCCGCUCGGGGCGCGAUGGGCCGGGCUGGGCCUGCCGGCGGCGGGGCACUGAGGGCCCUGGGCCGCGGCCACCCUCCGCGGGGAGAUCCCGGGCGCACUCAGCGGGGUCCCGGAGGCCGGGCGCUGCCCGCACCGCACUUUGGUCAAACUUGAGGCUCCGCUCUCCUUCCUCCUCCUCCUCCCUCUUUCCCCGCCCCUUCCCUCGCCACCCGCCUCUCCCCUCCUCUUCCUCCUCCUCCUCCUCCUCCUCCUCCUCCCUGGCCGUGGGAUGUUUAUCCGGGCAGCCGUGUGAGGCGCGGGAGGCGGCGGGGAGUUUCUCUCCCCCGCUCUGGGCACUCGCAGGCUCGCACUCGCUCGGCCGGCUCCGGGGGGGAAAGAAGGAAACAAAAUGUCUGCCAGGGCCGCGGCCGCUUCCACCAAGAGCACAACAAUGGAAGAAACAGCUAUAUGGGAACAACACACAGUGACUCUUCACAGGGCCCCUGGAUUUGGGUUUGGUAUUGCAAUAUCUGGAGGAAGAGAUAAUCCUCAUUUUCAGAGUGGUGAGACAUCAAUAGUUAUUUCUGAUGUGCUGAAAGGAGGCCCAGCAGAAGGACUGCUACAAGAAAAUGACCGUGUUGCAAUGGUUAAUGGCGUUUCAAUGGAUAAUGUUGAGCAUGCGUUUGCUGUUCAGCAACUGAGGAAAAGUGGGAAGAAUGCCAAAAUUACUAUCCGAAGGAUGAAGAAAAUUCAGAUUCCAGUAGCUCGACAGGAACCUGAACCAGUGUCUGAAAACGAUGACGAUAGCUAUGAUGAAGAGAUACGUGAUCCAAGAAGCAGCCGUGGUGGUCCCAGUUCCAACAGAAGGCACGAGAAGAGCUGGGUAAGAGACCGAAGCGCAAGCAGAGAGAGAAGCUUAUCACCAAGAUCUGACAGAAGGUCAGUUACUUCAAGUCAGCCUGCAAAACCUACCAAAGUAACACUGGUGAAAUCAAGAAAGAAUGAAGAGUAUGGUCUACGGUUGGCAAGUCACAUAUUUGUGAAAGAAAUAUCACAGGAUAGCCUUGCAGCAAGAGAUGGCAAUAUUCAGGAAGGAGAUGUUGUACUGAAGAUAAACGGCACAGUGACAGAAAAUAUGUCCUUAGCAGAUGCAAAAACACUAAUAGAAAGGUCCAAAGGCAAGUUGAAGAUGGUUGUUCAGCGAGAUGAACGAGCUACGCUGUUGAAUGUCCCUGAUCUUUCUGACAGUAUUCAUUCUGCUAAUGCUUCAGAAAGAGACGACAUUUCAGAAAUUCAGUCGCUGGCAUCAGAUCAUUCCAACCGAUCACAUGACAGGCCCCGCCGCAGUCGUUCACGAUCUCCUGACCAGAGGUCAGAGCCUUCAGACCAUUCCAGACAUUCUCCACAGCAGCCCAGCAACGGCAGUCUUCGAAGCAGAGAAGAUGAAAGAAUAACUAAACCAGGAGCCAUCUCUACGCCUGUAAAGAAUGCAGAUGAUAUUUCUAAAACUAUGGAAGAGGUGGCAGGCGAAAGAACUGAAAAGCAAACACCACCACUCCCAGAACCAAAGCCAGUGUAUGCACAAGGAGGUCAGCCAGAUGUGGAUUUACCAGUCAGUCCAUCUGAUGGCCCUUUACCUAAUUCAACCCAUGAAGAUGGAAUGCUUCGGCCAAGCAUGAAACUGGUAAAAUUCAGAAAAGGAGAUAGUGUGGGCUUGCGACUAGCUGGUGGCAAUGAUGUUGGCAUAUUUGUAGCUGGUGUUCUGGAAGACAGCCCUGCAGCGAAAGAAGGAUUAGAGGAAGGAGACCAGAUUCUCAGGGUAAACAACGUAGACUUCACAAAUAUCAUCAGAGAGGAAGCUGUCCUUUUUUUGCUUGAUCUCCCUAAAGGCGAAGAAGUAACCAUUUUGGCACAGAAGAAAAAAGAUGUUUAUCGUCGCAUUGUGGAGUCUGAUGUAGGGGAUUCUUUCUAUAUCAGAACUCAUUUUGAAUAUGAAAAAGAAUCUCCUUAUGGACUAAGCUUCAACAAAGGUGAAGUGUUCCGGGUGGUGGACACUCUGUACAAUGGUAAACUGGGUUCAUGGCUGGCGAUUCGAAUUGGCAAGAAUCAUAAGGAAGUUGAAAGAGGUAUCAUACCUAAUAAAAACAGAGCUGAGCAACUAGCUAGCGUGCAGUACACACUUCCAAAGACAGCAGGAGGAGAUCGAGCGGAUUUCUGGAGGUUCCGAGGUUUGCGUAGCUCAAAAAGAAAUCUCCGAAAAAGCAGAGAAGAUCUUUCUGCUCAACCUGUUCAGACAAAGUUUCCUGCCUAUGAGAGAGUUGUUCUUCGGGAAGCUGGAUUUCUCAGACCAGUGACCAUUUUUGGUCCAAUAGCUGAUGUUGCGCGGGAGAAACUAGCUAGAGAAGAACCAGAUAUUUUUCAAAUUGCAAAAAGUGAACCAAGAGAUGCUGGUACAGACCAACGUAGUUCUGGCAUUAUUCGUCUUCACACUAUAAAACAGAUAAUUGAUAGAGACAAACAUGCUUUAUUAGAUGUCACUCCUAAUGCAGUGGACCGUCUGAAUUACGCACAGUGGUAUCCUAUUGUAGUGUUCCUGAACCCUGAUUCUAAGCAGGGUGUGAAGACCAUGAGAAUGAGGCUGUGCCCAGAAUCACGAAAAAGUGCCAGAAAGCUAUAUGAAAGAGCUCACAAACUACGUAAAAAUAAUCACCACCUCUUUACAACUACCAUUAACUUGAAUUCGAUGAAUGAAGGAUGGUAUGGAGCUCUAAAGGAAGCGAUUCAGCAACAACAGAACCAACUGGUAUGGGUUUCAGAAGGAAAGGCAGAUGGUGCUACAAGUGAUGACCUUGAUUUACACGAUGACCGCCUUUCUUACCUCUCAGCUCCUGGUAGUGAAUAUUCCAUGUACAGUACAGACAGUAGACAUACAUCUGACUAUGAAGACACAGAUACAGAAGGUGGUGCUUAUACAGACCAAGAACUGGAUGAAACUCUGAACGAUGAGGCUGGGACUCCUCCUGAAUCUGCUAUUACACGUUCUUCUGAACCUGUUAGAGAAGAUUCUUCUGGAAUGCAUCAUGAAAGUCAAAAUUACCCUAGUUAUGCAUCUCAAGCUCAGCCUCAGCCAAAUCUCAGAAUAGAUUCUUCAGGAUUUAAAACAACUGUUUCUCAGCCGGUAUACCGAAAGGAUCCAUAUAUUAACGAAGAAGCAUCCAGACAAAGCUAUGUCUUAAAACAGCCAGCAAUUAGUCACCCAGUACAGAGACAGGAAAGAGACCCAAAUCUGAUGUAUGAAUCCCAGACUCAGUAUGCAGAAAAACAGCCAAGUAGGGAGUACGAACAGUCAUAUAGGUAUGAUUCUACAAGCUAUGUAGAUCAAUUUUCUCGUGGUUAUGACCCUCGACUACAUUACGAUGAUCGCGUGCCUCCCUAUGAGGAGCACUGGGCAUAUUAUGAUGAAAAACAGCCCUACAAUCAACCAAGAACAGCUUACGAAAACCAGCCUCCUAGGGAUCUUGAUUCUAGACAAAACACAGAAGAGAGCACAGAACGCGGUUAUUACCCAGCACAACCCCGUUUUGAGGAACCCCCUCAGAUGACUUACGAUGGCAGACCUCGCUACGAGCAUGCACCCAAAAACUUCAGCUUACCACAAGUGCGAUACGAAGAUCAACAUACUGUUGGAUAUGACACGCAUGGUAGAUAUAAACAAGAAGCUCAGCCAUACCAGUCAGCCAUAUCUCGAUCUCCUGAACCGAAGCAGUACUUUGAUCCACAUGUGAGGGGCUAUGAACAAGGUCCUCCUCAAGCUUAUAAUGCCAAGGCAGGACAAUUUGAGCCUUCUCAUAGCACUUCAGGUGUCUCUCUUCCUCCUCCCCCUUCGUCGCAAACCAAACCGGAAGUUUUGCCUUCUAACAGUAAACCACUGCCUACGCCGCCAUCUCUAGCAGAGGAGGAGGAAGAUCCAGCCAUGAAACCACAGUCUGUGCGAAGUAGGGUUAAGAUAUUUGAAAGAAGAAGAUCACCAUCUCUAGAAAAAAUGAAGGACCCCAGUGAUACAUCAGCUGUCAAGCCUCCAGAACUAGCACCGAAGCCUACACUUACAACCAUGAGUGGUCCAAAACCAACUUCUCAAAGCCAUUAUGAACAUGACAAAACAACUUACAGGGCCCCAGAACCACAGAGACCUCAAGUGAAGCCGCCUGAAGAUAUUGUGCGUUCAAAUCAUUAUGAUCCUGAAGAAGAUGAAGAGUAUUAUCGAAAGCAGCUCUCAUACUUUGAUCGGAGGAGUUUUGAAAAUAAGCCGUCUGCACAGGUUCCUGCCAGCCAUCAUUCUGAGACCACCAAACCAAUACAUUCACAAAAUCAGCUGAAUUUCUCCAAUUAUUCUAAGGGGAAGACAACUGAUGCAGAAUCAAUGGAUAGAUCUGUUGGUGAAAAGCGCUAUGAGCCAGUCCCUCAAGUCACAACUCCUCCUCCUGCUCCGUCAGUACAGUACACACAACCUCAGUCAAUAAACAGUCCUGUCCUGUCUCUCCCAGCCCAUCACAAGCCUGCACUUUCUGAAGUUAACUCUGUCUCUGACCCACCUCCACCUCAGAAUAAGCCAGCAAUUUUCAGAUCCUCUAGAGAGGACACUGUGCAGUCCACUUUUUAUCCUCAGAAAAGCUUCCCUGACAAAGGCCCUGUUAAUGGAACUGAACAGAUUCAGAAAACAGUCACUCCUUCUUACAACCGCUUUACAACAAAACCUUACACUAGUGCUGCAAGGCCCUUUGAGCGUAAGUUUGAAAGUCCUAAGUUCAACCAUAAUCUCUUGCCAAAUGAAACUCAACAUAAACCAGAGUUGCCAUCCAAGUCUCCAAAUUCUCCUCAACCAAUUUUGAAAGCACACAGCUCAUCACAGCCUCCUGAAUUUGACAAUGGAAUGGAUACCUUCACUGUACAAGUUGACAAGCCUAAAUAUCAACCAAAUAAUGUUAAUGCUGUGCCUAAAGCCAUUCCUGUAAGCCCUUCAGCACUAGAGGAUGAGGAGGAAGAAGAUGGACACACUGUUGUAGCCACAGCAAGAGGUGUAUUUAACAGCAAUGGUGGUGUAUUGAGCUCCAUAGAGACUGGAGUUAGUAUUAUUAUACCACAAGGAGCCAUUCCAGAGGGAAUAGAGCAAGAAAUAUAUUUCAAAGUAUGCAGAGACAACAGUAUACUUCCACCUUUGGACAAAGAGAAAGGUGAAACACUUCUUAGCCCCUUGGUAAUGUGUGGGCCUCAUGGACUAAAAUUCCUGAAGCCAGUGGAGCUGCGCCUGCCACAUUGUGCGUCUAUGACCCCUGAUGGUUGGUCUUUUGCUCUAAAAUCCUCCGACUCCUCGUCGGGUGACCCCAAAACCUGGCAGAACAAGUCUCUUCCUGGGGAUCCAAACUAUCUUGUUGGAGCAAACUGUGUCUCAGUCCUAAUUGACCACUUCUAAAUAUUAAGUUAGCUGACUGAGUAAAUAAUGUGAAACUGAGAUGGACCUUACGUAUAAACUGAACCACUCUAUCAAGUAUUAACUGUUCUAUAAGUGAUAAUGGAUCUUAGUAUUUAAGCAUCUUGCUUUAACUAACAAUGGUUUAGCAAGUACACUCUUUGAACCAUGGUCACAAUACAUGCCACAAGCAGGGAGUGUACAGUGGGAACAAGGUAGGGUUCUUGCAGGUUCUGUAUGCUUUGGUUUGUUGGUUAUUAUUUUGUUUAUUUUUCAUUAUUGUCCUAAAGGACACUACUAGUAUUUCGUAGUUUAAAAACUGAAAGUACCAAUGGGAUUAUAUUCAGAGGAACUGAAUUUGGUUCGUACUCCACUCGCAAAACUACAGAAUUUGGCCUGCAGUUUUAGUACUGUGUGUUUUGUAAUCCACAAGACUACAUUUUGGUCUCUAGUUUUUAAAUGACUUUCCGUGUACGUGUCCAACGAAAUGGCAGUCAACUUUGGUAGCACAGUUUAGAUGUUUUCCUCUGAGAGGCCAAUACAAACACAUCUAUCUACCUAUUCUAUGUGGAAAAGUUGUCAUAAGAACAGGGGGGAGGGGGAAAAGCAUGUGGGUGACUAUGGUUCAGUUGCCUCUGUGGAUCUGUAAAUUAACCACAUUGUUAUGAACCUAUUAACCAGCAGGGAUGCCUUACCCUCAUGUUUUUAAUAGUCUUAGCUCUCAUAGUUCUCUGUAUUUAGUUUGUAUGGCUUUUGUGCUUACCUAGAUAAUAUAUCAUGAGAGACUGGGGAAAGAGAGGAACAAAAAAAAAAUUAUGAAUUUGGUUUAGAGAAUGAGUACUGUUUGUUCAUCAGUCAGAAGAGAGCCAGAAGAAAAUGAUGGUAUGUUUUCUGCUAUGCAUUUGAAAAAUUUAUAGAUGUUAUAGACUGCUUGUAUAUAAUGCGUGCAUACCACUUUUGUUCUUGGUUUGUAAAUUAACUUUUAUAAGCUUUACCUUUUUAUAUAUAUAAAUAUAUAUAAAAACAAACACAGUUUCUUAAGGAUAUCUUUGUAUUCUCAUACCUUUUGAGCCUUGAACUUUGACAUCUGCAGCAAUAAAGCAGCAUUUCUACAAUAUACAAACAAGGACAUUUUUUAAAAAUGCACAAAGUUGUUACCUUUUUAAGUGCUGCAUUUAAAGAAUAUAAGUCAGAAUUCUCUACUUUGAUUAAAUUCUUGAAAAGUAUCCCUACUGUAAUUUGUCAUAAGGAUGCUGUACUAUGUGCCCUGAAAUGUAUUUUUUUACUAAUAGACAGUUUAUUACGGCACAUUGGCACUACUACUGUUUAGAUAAUAUACCACUGCAUUCUGUUAAUGAGUUAUUAGCUAUUCAGGUGUGGCUGAUUUUUUUCUCUGCAGUUAUUAAAAUUACACAUUUCUAAAUAUACAGAAUAAAACUGUUU